AUGUCGCAGUCGUUCCCGCAAACCCUCCCCUCUCUCAGCCAGCGUGAGGCUAUCGCCGACGCCCUGUACCGAGCCGCCAUUGCCAGUGAUCAUCAUGACUCCGCACUCUUCAACUCGGCAUGGGCCGGAGAAGACGUUUCUAUGGAAAUUCAUGAUGACAACAAAAGAGUCCUCCAGGGCCUCUCCCUGAUUCGCACAAAUGUUCUCAAUAAAGUUGGUCCUAUGGAUACCACGCACAAUAUCAGCAUGGUCCGUGUGAAUUACCAGGAUGGAGCCGAUACUGCUUCUCUUACUGCUACUUCAACAGCACAGCAUGCGUCUUCCGGCACGGGCAGGGAUCCAAACGGAACCAAGUACACUGUGGGCGGGGAGUAUUCCGUUGACCUGAUCAAGGACGAAGCGGGUGUGUGGAAGAUUAAGAAGUUGGUGUUGAAUGUUAUCUGGGCCUCAGGCGAUGCUUCAUUGAUGCGGCCCCCCCAGAAGUAG